UGAUAAAUUUCACGUGGAUAACCUUUGCAGCAAGGUAUUUUCGGUCGGAAAAUAUUACAGGAACCCAGGGGCGCAGGCGCACCACCCGUCUGCCGGCGCCUGUCCUCCUCCGUCGGCCGCCGAGACUACUGCGUCCAACAUGAGCAAGCUCGUUGCCAGAAUCCCGGCCAUGGCCAAGGCUGCUGUGGAAUCGACAACCCCCAAGCUAAAUACCUUUAUUCGUUAUGCUAAGGUUGAGCUUGUUCCACCCUCCCCUGCUGAAUUUGGUGCAGUAGCUCAGGGCCUCGGUAACAUUGUGAAGAGUGCACAGACUGGCACAUGGAAAAACCUUACAGUUAAG